GAGACUGUACGUUUCAUUCGCUAAAACAUCAUAGACCCGUGAAAGAGGAAUCCAUGAAGUGAACUAGAGAACAGAGAGAAGAGGGGAGAGUUGAUUUGGGAAACCCUAGUAAAGGAGGGGAUUCUUGUUCUUCUUACCUUCUGGGUGAUCAAGAGGGAGAGAGGGUGAUGUUGGAAGAAUCAGAAGAAGCGAUUAGAAAAAGAAGAAAAGCCGAUAGGGGGAGAGAAGCUUUAAUAUUAUUAUUCUUCUUCUUGAAAUCAAGAGGGGAGGCAGAAGCUUUCUGAGAGAGGUGAGAGGAGACACUUCUUCUUCUAGUAAAGGUCAGAAUGCAAUUAAGAGGGAGGAACAACAGCCAGAAGGAGCUAAAGAAAGGGGGGGAUUCUGGGCCUCUAUGAUUAUUACAGGGAACGCCUCAUGAUCGAAGAAUUUACAAUAAUUAUUUGAAGAAAAAUCAUCUCUGGAGCUUUGAUGGAGGGAAUUGUGAAGAAAUACCAGAAAAAAUUCAAAAUGGUCAAAGAUGAAAUGAACCGAUGGGAGGAGCUUCAAUGUCGGUUAAUUUCACAAUUUAGAAACUCUUCUUCAAUUAUUGAGAGGCUGCAGGUUAUUCAAGAUUCUAGAAACUAUGGUGGCCUGAGUUCUGUUGAUGGAAUCAAAGAUGCUGUCUUGCAGAAGCAGAUGGAAUCUUUGGAAAUUAUUUUGCUUUCCAUGAAAAAGACAUUACAGGAGUUUAAUAGUAUUAUUUCGUCCCUUGAGAAAAUUCAUCGUGACGGAAGACAGCUUGUUAAAGGAGGUUCCAGUAAGCUUGGUGUGAAACAACUGCAGCAACGAGUUGGCAUAAAACCAUGCCUCGCGGAUUGCUUAGAUGGCCUUAUGCUUCUUUACAUUAUGCACCAAUCGGAGUAUCAUCUAAAAUCAUCAUUGCUAUCAGCUCUUUGUGCCAUUUCCUUAAAACCUAGUGCCAGUGAUCUAGGUGUGCUCCAGCAGCUCCUGGUUGAUCAACCAAACAUCCCCAAAGAUGAAGUGCAAUGUAUCUUCGACAUCAUAUUUGCAGAAGACAUCUGUUGAUACUGCUUUUGAUCAAACGACAACCUUUCUGCGGAUUAAGUUCUAAUAGCAGAGUGGGGAGGCAAAUCUCUUGGUUUAUGCAAAUGGAGCUUGUGGCAUGCUUCGUUUUAGUUUCUUACUGUUCAUAGGAGGUUAAUCAAACAGAAGUUACAGAAUAGACAGUGAUUCCCUCAUUUUGGUAUUACGAAUGCGAGCAGAAUUCAGAAUUCGAUCUUAAAUUCUCAAGAUCUUUACCAGUUUUAUUGGCACCGCACUGAUUGUAUGUUCCUGCUGUUAGGAACAGCAAAAGCUAUAAAUUUUUAGACUGAGAGGACUUCCAAGUU